CUACCUUCCUCCUUGUCCGUCAGACAGAAUUUUCAAUUCUGACGCCGAUUGCUGACCAAGAAAACCCAUGAAAUCCCUCCACCCUAGAAAUACGAGCUAGAUCUCUCGGCGAUCGCGGCCGGCCGGCUACAUCCUCCACCUAAGAGAGCAAUGAUGGCGGGCCUCUUCGCCUUCUCCGUCGCCGGCCUCGGCUUCCUCCUCGUCGCCGCCCUCGAAUCCCUCUUCCCCGUCCUCUCCCCCUCCUCCCUUCUCCCCCUCCGCUUCCUCUCCGUCGCCACACUCUCCUUCCUUGCGAUCCUCUCCUCCCUCAUCUCCUCCCUCUCCUCCCGCGACCCCCUCUCUCCCGCUCUCCCCCUCUCCUCCCUCGCCGCCGCCGCCCUCUUCCUCCUCUACUCCCUCGCCGCCUUCUCUCCCUCCCCCCGCCCACCUCCUCCCCCUCCCCCUUCCCUCCUCGACCUCCUCUGCCUCUCCGCCUUCGCCCAGGAAUUCCUCCUCUUCUACCUCCGACGCAAGGACCUCGAUGGCAUCGAGAACCGCUACUUCGACCUCCUCCUCGCCCCCAUCUUCCUCUGCGCCGCCUCCACCCUCCUCGCCCUCGCCCGCCCCCGAUCCCUUGCCCCCCGCCUCGCCCGGGCCGCCGGCCUCGCCCUCCACGGCACCUGGCUCCUCCAGAUGGGCUUCUCCUUCUUCACGAGUCUCAUCGCCCACGGCUGCUCCCUCCACGAAAGGAGCUGGGCCAACUACACCAUCAAGUGCAAGACCCACAUGGACUACCACCGCGGCCGCGCCAUCGCCACCCUUCAGUUCAAUUGUCACCUCGCUCUCCUCGUCUUGGCCGGCGUUGGGGCCUACGCGGCGGUGGUCAGGAAGAUGGGCGGCGGGGUGCAGCAGGGAUACAGGCCUUUGAAUAAGGAGUUGCAGAUGAGCGAUGUCCCGUCCCAAUUCACGUUGGAAUCGGACGAUGAUGAAGAGGGAGAGAUUGCGGAAGAGGUUAAUGGUACGAAGUGGGGAGAUGUCGUGCUGCCCGUGACAUCGGAGGCGAAUGGUGUGGCUGCUGGUGGGUCUCACUGACAGGGUAAGUCAAAUGGCUUCGAUUACCAACAAAAGAUAGGAUUUUGCAGCACCCUUAGAUUGUCUUUGUCCGGGGAUGCUUUAAAAUCUGGAAGAGUGUACCUGUAGUGAUGUGUUUCUGAUGAAACACCUUGUUGGGUGCUUCUUUUGAUACGAUUCGAAAAAUGCUCCUUGUAGAUACUCUUGUGUAAUUUAGUUUUAGUUGUGUCGGAAUGAGAUAGGAAGAUUACUGAGUUGUUGUCUUGCUUGAGGCCAUCAUAUGUGUUUAAUUUACAGCAUUAGACUAAAAUGCUAAUAAUAAGUUUGGACAUGAAGAGUACUUGAAUUUUACUGGGUAUUCAA